AUGUCCGAAUAUCCAAACACCAUUAUUUUACCUCAGACCAACCAAUUGGUUAGUCUCUACUCUAUCAUUCGUGAUGUCAACACCCGUCGCGGAGACUUUGUCUUUUACUCCGACAGAAUUAUAAGAUUAUUGGUCGAAGAAGGUUUGAACCAAUUACCUGUGGAGCCACAUACUGUCAAGACUUCCACCGGUAUUUCCUAUGAAGGUUCCAGGUUCGUAGGCAAGAUUUGCGGUGUCUCUAUCAUCCGUGCAGGUGAGUCUAUGGAACAGGGUUUGAGGGAAUGUUGCCGUUCCGUUCGCAUUGGAAAGAUUCUCAUUCAAAGAGAUGAAGAAACUGCUCUUCCAAAGCUUUUUUACGUCAAAUUCCCAGAAGACAUUGCAGAGAGAUACGUCUUGCUCCUAGACCCUAUGUUGGCGACUGGUGGUUCGGCCAUCAUGGCAGCCCAAGUUCUUCUUGAUAACGGAGUCAAGGAAGAAAAGAUUUUGUUCCUGAAUCUCUUAGCUUCUCCAGAAGGAAUCAAGGCAUUUUACGAGAAGUUCCCUAAGAUCAAGAUCAUCACCGGUGGUGUUGAUCAAGGGUUGGAUGCUAACAGGUAUAUUGUUCCGGGUCUGGGCGACUUUGGUGAUAGAUAUUAUUGCAUAUAG